ACAAUCUCUCGAUUCCAGUUCCGAUUCCGAUUUCGAGGUCUCCUUUUCUGCCUCUUCUCUCCGCAACCAUUGCUUGCCGUCGCUCUUCUCCUUACCACCGGUCGGUAAGCUCCGUUCAAUCAGUUGCGUCUCCACCAAUCAAUUUCCAUCAAGAUUCAUAUACUUUUUGUCACCCACUCAAUUUCUUUCAAAAAGAUUUAAGGUUCCUCAAUAUGUGUUUUAAUUGCUAGGGUUCCCCAUUCUAUCUUCGAAUUUUCGCGCUGAAUAGCUCGGAAUUCGAAGAUCUGGUUUAAAUUGUUGUGGUUUUACUGAUUUCUUGCUCAAUUUCGUGGUUCUUUGUGUUUCCAAUUGUUUAUCCUAGGUUUUUUUAAUUUUUUUUUUUUGUGAAAUUAAAAAAAUUUAUUGGAAGGAAUCUGGUUUUGUUUGGGGUUUAGGGGUUUGUUGAGAAAAAGAUUUUCCUGGGUGUUUGUAUUACGAUUGGCGGAUUUGGGUUUUUGGAGUUUUUGGUCUUCUAUAUGGCGGCCGGGAAAUAUGGUGGUUAUCAUGAUAAUGAGUUUAGGGACCGGGAAUCUGAUGUAUCAAGGAGGGAGCUUAUUAAUUCGAAGGAGUACAAUCAGAAUAGGAAUGAUAGCCGUGAUGUUGAACGGAGUCGUGCACAGGAUGUUAGAGAUAGAGUGAGGGUUAGACAAAAGGAUAUUAAGGAGAGGGAAGUGACAAAUGGUGGGUAUCGUUCUUCUUCUGGUAGGAGUGAUUCUGGUAGUAGUGGGAGUGGAAACCGUGGGCCCGGGCGUUCCGAUUUUACUCCUAGGGCUGUUGAUAGGGAGCCUGGUGAGUUGUCUAGUGAGAGUGGAUCUGAGGAUGCCAUUUACUCGGAAUUACAGGUUAAAGCUACUGAAUCUGUGAAGGUAACAGAGAAUGGUGCCCUGUCUCCUGUGGAAAGGAAAAGGAAGUUUUCCCCUAUAGUCUGGGAUAGAGAUGAUAAGGAAGUAAACAAUUUUUCAAGAAAUAGGAAAUCACCCAUUAUUAUUACUCUUCCUCCUCUACCAUCCCUACCUAGGGCUUACCAUGAGUCCUCUGACCCCAUUCCAGAUGGUGGUGUACAAAUGUCACCUAUUAGAGACAGUAAAAGCCAGAAGUUGAUGACUUCUUCACAAGGUGAGGUUCCUGCUGUGACUGCUUCAGAGUCUCCUGUAGGGUUUGCUCCAUCACCAACAGAUGACCAGCAAUGGGGUAAUAGUCAGGAAGUAGAGAGUCUAGAAGAUGAAGAUUAUGUACCAACCCGGAACAUAUCUUCCUCAAGAUGGGCAUCUGGUGACAGUUCUCCAGUUGAUGAAGGUGAAAUUUUUGUUGUAGAGGAGAGGCCUAAAAGGAGGAAGAAGAUGCCUGCUUCAGAAUCAUUGCAAAACAGAGCACAGAAUAAGUCAGCAACUCCUGAGCUUGGCUUGCUGAGGAGGGAAGGCUCUGAAGUAGUUAGAGGAAGGUCAUCUUCUGAUGAACAAGAUGCCCGUUCUAGGUCUGGUAGCAGGGAUGGUUACAUAGGUUAUGACUUGGGGAAGGAAUAUUAUGUGGAGAUUGACAAUUUAUAUAAUAAAGCUGAAAGUAGUGCUAGCCAGUCUGAUAUUGAUACUGGGGAUGAAAGUGAUUCGCAGGGGACACCAGAACCUGCAUCUCCUCCACAAAGAAAUAUAAAUAUGCUUCAGGGAUGUAGGAGUGUUGAUGAAUUUGAGAAACUAAAUAAGAUAGAUGAAGGCACUUAUGGUGUUGUGUUUAGAGCUAGAGAUAAGAAGACAGGGGAAAUAGUAGCAUUGAAGAAGGUAAAGAUGGAGAAAGAGAGAGAAGGUUUUCCACUGACUUCUUUAAGGGAAAUAAACAUUCUUCUCUCUUUUCAUCAUCCGUCAAUAGUAGAUGUUAAAGAAGUUGUUGUAGGUAGUAGCCUCGAUAACAUUUUUAUGGUUAUGGAAUACAUGGAACAUGAUCUUAAAGGUCUAAUGGAGUCGAUGAAGCAGCCUUUUAGUCAAAGUGAAGUUAAGUGUCUGAUGCUUCAGCUACUGGAGGGGGUUAAGUAUCUUCAUGACAACUGGGUGCUUCAUCGGGAUUUAAAAACAUCUAAUCUUCUUUUGAAUAACCGGGGUGAAUUGAAGAUUUGUGAUUUUGGGUUGGCUCGCCAAUAUGGAAGCCCAUUGAAGCCAUAUACUUCUCUGGUCGUUACUCUUUGGUACAGGGCACCUGAACUGCUUUUGGGUGCGAAGCAGUAUUCAACUGCAGUUGACAUGUGGUCCCUAGGCUGUAUUAUGGCUGAGUUAUUGUCAAAGGAACCGCUUUUCAAUGGGAAAUCUGAAGGUGAUCAACUUGACAAGAUUUUUAGAACUCUUGGCACACCAAAUGAGACAAUUUGGCCAGGGGUUUCAAAGCUGCCUUUAUUUAAAGUCAACUUUGUCAAGCACCAGCUUCCAGCUUUGGGUGAUUCUGGUCUGGCUUUCUGGCCUUCAUUGGUGACAUUUCAGUGAAACGGAAUUUAUUUCUUAUUUUUAUUAACUACUGACGUUUUUUCCUCCAGGUAUAAUCUUUUGCGUAAGAAAUUCCCAGCAACAUCUUUUACUGGAUCACCUGUUCUCUCUGAUGCUGGCUUUGAUCUGUUGAAUAAACUUCUCACUUAUGAUCCUGAGAAGCGGAUAACAGCUGAAGCUGCUCUUAAUCAUGAAUGGUUUUGUGAAGUUCCGCUUCCCAAGUCUAAAGAUUUCAUGCCUACCUUCCCUGCCCAAAAUGCGCAAGAUAGGCGAAUGAAAAGAAAAUUGAAGAGUCCAGAUCCCUUGGAAGAACAGCGUAGAAAGGAGUUGCAGCAACUGGAACUAGGAACUGGUGGCUUGUUUAGCUGAAAGAACCUUAAGUGAGCAGUGCCAUCUGAUCUUCAAGCUUAAGGUUUCGAAAUUGUUCUCAGAUAGUUAUGGUUGAGGCACCAACUGUAAUUUGGGUGGGCAUAUAAUUGGUCUCCUGUUAGCAAGACAUUUGCGUGUUAAGUUCUCCAGCUUUGGUUAUCAAUUACAAAUGCGCCAUGGACAAUGCUUGUGCUGCAAGGUGUGGCAUAACAGCCUUUAUUUUUUUAAAAGGUCAGUUUCGGCAGAAACUCAUGUAAAAUGGUUUUUCUGGAACAUUGUAAACAUUCUUAUUAUAUUUUUGAAUCUUAUACUAUCCUUUUAAACAAUAUGGAUUCAGUUCCCAUUAUCAGUUACAAUCUUUUUUAAUAUUCACAUUGUGCUUGCAAGAGACUGUUGGUGUGAAGUGGAGGCAAUGUUUUUAGGAUUUCACUGACAAAGAAACUGACAGUAACCAUUGUAUUUUGAAGUCUCAAAGCAAGCAGGUUGAGGAGGUUACCUGCAUAUUGUGGAUUUUAUAGAACUUCCAAUUAGUUGUUCCUUCAGGCCUGCUAGAGGUACACACAGAUUUUGGUUUGUUUGGUUUGUUGCAAUAUGUCAGAUAAUUGCUAUAGUUGGUUUCUUCAAACUAAACUGUCUGCAUUGUUAGGGAUGAUAUGCUCAUUUUUUUCAUUAUUACUGUGUAAUAGCUAUGCUUAAUUUGCAUUUAUGGCGGGAAGAACUCUUAUAAAACGGAAAAUAUGUG